AUGGACCGUGUAUGGCGCUUCGCGGAGAGUAAAGGUAUUCACAAGAUAUGGAUUGACACGGACUGCAUAUUUCAAAGGCCAGGAGACGAGGGAAAGUACCCUGAAGAUAAGAAACAUGGCGUGCAGGCCAUGGAUCUUGUUUAUGGGGGCAGCCUAGCUGUUGGGCUGCUCACAAAGUCUCUUACGAAGCAAGCCGACGUCGACAUGCUGGCUGCAUUGCUCUCUGAGCAGACAUUCACCGGCUUCCAGCUGAAGGAGGAUACUGUUCAGGGAAUGCUCAAGGUUAUUCGUCAUGUUCUCAGUGAUGAUCGUUGGGAUCGAGGCUGGAUUUUCCAAGAGGAUCAUCUGGCUUCAAAGAGAAUGACAUUGCUCAUUCCGCACUCUGAAAACAUCUCCAAAUCUCAUCUUAGCGACGUAUUUGGAGAACUUUUGGGUGAUCUCACCGUCAAUCUCGCUCAGUUUCGAAGAACUGUCACCAUGUUCUGCCAGGCAUGUUCCAAGAGCGGAGAGCACAGAUCGCUAAAGGACAUCCUGGAUAAGGUGAAGCAGUACAACCAAUACGACGUACAGACUACCACAACUCUUCGUGUCCUCGACGACGUCUGUAGCCGCUCACUAAAAUUGGAAAACGACAGACCCGCCAUAUUUGCAAAUGCACUGCGAUUCAAAUACCGUCUCGAUACCAGCGAAGACUCGUCACUUGCGAAGUCGGACAAAUUCAGCAUGUCCGUAGUAUUCCUCACACUGAUCUUGAAGAACGGCGAAAUAUUCAACAACAACAUCAGCACGCUCGACAUCCUGUCCUACACCCUCCGCUCCUUGCUGAAAAAGUUGGAAUUCAAGAUCGAUGCCCCACGUCCUGAUUACAAGCAAACCUUCGUCGACCAUUGCCGCUUUCCAAGCCCGGAAAUCUGUGCUCAGGGUAUCAAGACCAAUGGAAUCCUAUGGAACCUACGCGAUUCAAAGCUCCUAAACCUCAAUCCCGGUGAAAAAAUGCUGCUCAAACGAUACCAGUCCAUGCGGCACAGAGGCGCCAGACUCAGCGAAAGAGGCAAAGCAGCAAUUGAACUCCUUGCCCGCAAGCUAGCAAGGAACAAGAAAACAAAAAGACUAUCCAUAUAUCUCCGCCGCAAAAUCAAGCUAGACAAACCAGGUGAAAAAGCCGCAGCAUCAACAAACUACAUUCUCAACAACCUCUACGCACUAUCCGGCGCCCUCCUCAAAGGCCACGAGCUAAGUCUCGGGUCCCCAGAUACAGAGACCUACGGAGAACCAGAAGAUACGGCCAUAUUCAUAACCAAGCGCAGAGACUUCAUGGCUUUCACCAGCUGGGAAGAAGGACCAGAUCAUGGUCAAGAGCGUUUGGCAAGUCUUCUAGUCACCACGUUCCAUGGUUAUGAGGGAGUGGGAAAGAAGUACGCGCCACAGGAUUCGGAUGAAGAGGAUGCGCCGUGUGUUUUGAAGAACCGUGGGUGGGUGAAUGGGGUGUGGGUUGCGAAUAGUGGGGUUAGGGAGAAGGUUGUGUUUCCUGUGCCGGGGAUUUUGGAGGGUUGUAGGGAGGUUGGUAGAGGUGUGAAGAGGAAGAGGAAGGCGUGA